AUGGGCGUCCUCGAGAUCGUGCGAGGUCGCGAUGAUGGCGGUGCCAUCGCCAGAGCAAUAGUCGGAGACGAAUCAUAUGGAUCGCAUGCACAUGAGAAAUCAGGCCUCGAUGCCGGCCAAGAGGGGUCUCAAGAAGCGUCGCAAUCCGAUACCGAAUCACCCAGCUUUGGCGGUUUCUACACCGGUGAUGUGAAAGAUGAUGAGAAGGAACUGGCACUACACCCCGAUCAGGUUACAGAGGGUGCUGAACUAGGUCAACAGAAGGCUGAGGCGGCGGCUCUUGUCUGGAGCCGGUCGGCGUUGGUCGGAAUCUAUGCUUGGAUCUGGAUAUGCUUUUUCAUGUUGGCGUUCCACUCCGCGAUGAGUACCUUCUUGAUCAACUACGUUAUGGGAAGCUUCAAAUCCGCGCCGCAGGUUUCAACAGCAUACAUCCUGGCGAAUAUUGUUGGUGGCAUUAUGAAGUUACCUUUGGGUAAGACAUUGAAUCUCUGGGGUCGUGCCGAGGCUUUGGUUGUGUCAACGGGUAUCUAUAUCCUCGGCAUGAUUGUUUUGACUGCCUGCAAUGGCCCCAAUGGAUAUGCAGCGGGCUACGUACUAUACUGGAUUGGGUACUAUUGCAUAUAUCUUAUCCUCGAUAUCUUCAUUGCGGAUACCUCAGGUCUGCGGAACCGAGCGUUCGCUUUUGGAUUCAUUCAGACACCGUUCAUUGUCACUGCGUUCACCGGUUCGCUAGCCGCAGACUCGGUCUACACCAAGUACGGAUGGCGAUGGGGAUACGGCAUCUUUUGCAUUGUCAUGCCGUUCGUCUUCUUGCCUCUCGCGAUGGUGUUCAAGUUUUACGAAAAGAAAGCGAGGAAGCAGGGUAUCUUCCGUCGCCAGCCUAGUGGUCGCACUAUUAUGCAGUCCGUCACCCACUACUUCCACGAGUUUGAUGUGGUCGGUGCUUUCCUCCUAAUGAUUGCCUGGGUCUUGUUCCUCCUGCCAUUCAGUCUGGCACAGUAUGGACGCUCCCAGUAUGCAAGCGCAACCUUCAUUGCUCUCAUCGUGAUCGGUUUCUGCAUGUUCUUCGUCUUCGCCGCAUGGGAGAAAUGGGGUGCAAAAACACACUUCAUCCGCUAUGAGCUGAUCAAGCGACCAACCAUCCUAGGCGCAUGCCUUCUAUCCGCUGUGCUCUUCUUCAGCUUCGAACUCUGGGAUCAGUACUUCUACAACUUUAUCCUGAUGUCCUAUAACAUCCCGGCAGUGCAAGCAGGAUAUAUGCUUCAGAUUUACAAUGUUGGCUCCUGCUUCUUCUCCCCGAUCAUUGGAGCCAUCAUCUGGGCAACUGCUCGUUUCAAAUAUAUCUGCCUAUUCUUCGGCGCACCACUCAUGGUUCUCGGAUCCGGUCUGAUGAUCUACUUCCGUGGCUCAGAACACGGCAUCGGUUACGUUGUCAUGUGUCAGAUAUUCAUUGCCUUCGCCGGAGGUACCCUAGUAAUCGGCGAAGACAUGGCUGUCAUGGUCGCAGGUGGCCGUGAAGGCACUCCAAUGAUGCUGGCCUUAAUUGGACUGUUCUCCAACAUCGGUGGAGCGAUCGGCUUGGCCGUGGGUGCUGCCAUCUAUAACAACGUCUUUGUUGAUACCCUCACUUCCCAACUGCCUGACAACCUGAAGGGCAACGCCACUCAGAUUUACUUCGAUGGUAUCAAUGUCCAAACAACUUACCCCUGGGGCUCACCCCUUCAUGAUGCCGUUGCGUAUACAUGGGGCUACGCCCAGCGCAUGAACUGCAUUGCAUCGACUUGCAUUCUGGUUCUCGCCUUCCCUUGCAUCAUGGUUUGGAAGAACUACAAUGUCAAUGUGAAGCAGAACAAGGGUCAAAUGAUUUUUUAG